UAGGGUGGGGCGCUUUCUAACGUUGGCGGCCUGCUUCUGGAGACCAGGUGGCCCUGCUCUGACCCGGUUGAUGAUGUCGAGGUCCCAACGAUCCCCUGACAAUCUCAGCACGAGUUUCCACUUCUCCCUAAGGCCAUCCGGUGACCUCAGGUGUGAUUGGAGAGUGGCUCUGAGCCAAGUCUUGCUGCUGAUGACUUCACAGGGACCAGCUGACCGCAGGGCUGGAAAGAGAAGCAGGUGUGACCCAUUGGAGACUGGGUUUAUCUUACGUCAGAGACUUCUCUCUCCUUUGGGCCCCGUUUGUUGUUGCAGAGCCCGCCCAACUCCAGUUUUUCUCUACAUUCGCUGAUAUCCGGAGGCAAGCUGGCCGGAGCACUGGGAGUUCCACCCCCCACCCCCCACCAGUCUGCAGAGCUGGGGUCCGCAGGAGUCGGCCAGGGUGUGGCCGAGGGCUGGCAGGUUAUGCCGCCGCCUUGUUGCCCUGAAAGCCGCAGCUACAGCGAGAAGGGCUAAGAUUUGGCCAUGAGCAGCGCCCCCCGGCGCCCUGCCUCGGGCGCAGACUCUUUCCGCACUCCAGAGCCGGAGAGCUUGGGCCCCGUGACGCCGGGGUUCCCUGAGCAGGAGGAGGAUGAACUUCACCGCACCCUGGGCGUGGAGCGGUUUGAGGAGAUCCUGCAGGAGGCCGGGUCUCGAGGCGGGGAGGAGCCGGGCCGGAGCUACGGGGAGGAAGACUUCGAAUACCACCGCCAGUCCUCCCACCACAUCCACCACCCACUGUCCACCCACCUGCCUCCGGACGCCCGGCGCCGAAAGACAGCCCAGGGCUCAGGCCGGAAGCCGCGCAGGCGCCCUGGAGCCUCCGCCACCGGGGAGACCCCUACCAUCGAGGAGGGCGAGGAAGAGGAGGAUGAGGCCAGUGAGGCUGAGGGGGCCCGGGCCCUCACCCAGCCGUCCCCUGCCUCCACGCCCUCUUCAGUGCAGUUCUUUCUCCAGGAGGAUGAAGGCACAGACCGGAAGGCAGAAACGACUAGUCCCUCUCCCCCUCCGCCAGUGCCGCACCAGGAGGCAGCUCCCCGGGCCACCAACGGGGCCCAGACUGGGGCUCCAGUGGAAGAGGUGGCGGCGGUGGCCAGUGGCACUGCUGGAGGUGACGAUGGGGGUGCCUCUGGGCGCCCCCUGACCAAAGCCCAGCCCGGGCACCGCAGCUAUAACCUGCAGGAGAGGAGGCGCAUUGGCAGCAUGACGGGGGUUGAGCAGGCACUGCUGCCCCGGGUCCCGACGGAUGAGAGCGAGGCCCAGACGCUGGCCACGGCCGACCUUGACCUCAUGAAAAGUCACAGGUUCGAGGACGUUCCUGGGGUACGGCGACACUUGGUACGGAAGAAUGCCAAAGGGUCUGCGCAGAGUGGCCGGGAAGGGCGAGAGCCUGGCCCCACGCCUCGGGCCCGGCCCCGGGCCCCUCACAAGCCCCACGAGGUGUUCGUGGAGCUGAACGAGUUGCUGCUGGACAAAAACCAGGAGCCUCAGUGGCGGGAGACGGCGCGCUGGAUCAAAUUCGAGGAGGACGUGGAGGAGGAGACGGAGCGCUGGGGGAAGCCCCACGUGGCCUCCCUCUCGUUCCGCAGCCUCCUGGAGCUCCGCCGGACCCUGGCCCACGGGGCUGUGCUCUUGGAUCUGGACCAGCAGACCCUGCCUGGCGUGGCCCACCAGGUGGUGGAGCAGAUGGUCAUCUCUGACCAGAUCAAGGCCGAGGACAGAGCCAACGUGCUGAGGGCCCUGCUUCUGAAACACAGCCACCCCAGCGACGAGAAGGACUUCUCCUUCCCCCGCAACAUCUCCGCCGGCUCCCUGGGCUCCCUCCUGGGGCAUCACCACGGCCAGGGGGCUGAGAGCGACCCCCACGUCACGGAGCCUCUCAUCGGAGGCAUUCCUGAGACCCGGCUGGAGGUGGAGCGAGAGCGAGAGCUGCCUCCCCCGGCUCCUCCGGCUGGUAUCACCCGCUCCAAGUCCAAGCACGAGCUGAAGCUGCUAGAGAAGAUCCCGGAGAACGCUGAGGCCACGGUGGUCCUCGUGGGCUGCGUGGAGUUCCUCUCCCGCCCCACCAUGGCCUUCGUGCGGCUGCGGGAGGCGGUGGAGCUGGACGCGGUGCUGGAGGUGCCCGUGCCCGUGCGCUUCCUCUUCCUGCUGCUGGGCCCGAGCAGCGCCAACAUGGACUACCACGAGAUCGGCCGCUCCAUCUCCACCCUCAUGUCCGACAAGCAAUUCCACGAGGCAGCCUACCUGGCAGAUGAGCGUGAGGACCUGCUGACCGCCAUCAACGCCUUCCUGGACUGCAGCGUGGUGCUGCCGCCCUCGGAGGUGCAGGGCGAGGAGCUGCUGCGGUCUGUUGCUCACUUCCAGCGCCAGAUGCUCAAGAAGCGAGAGGAGCAGGGCCGGCUCCUGCCCGCGGGGGCCGGCCUGGAGCCCAAGUCGGCCCAAGAUAAGGCGCUCCUGCAGAUGGUAGAGGCGGCAGGUGCGGUGGAAGACGAUCCCCUGCGGCGGACGGGCCGGCCUUUCGGGGGGCUGAUCCGAGACGUGAGGCGCCGCUACCCCCACUACCUGAGUGACUUCCGAGACGCGCUGGAUCCCCAGUGCCUGGCUGCUGUCAUCUUCAUCUACUUCGCGGCCCUGUCUCCUGCCAUCACCUUUGGGGGGCUGCUGGGGGAGAAGACGCAUGACCUGAUUGGGGUGUCGGAGCUGAUCAUGUCCACCGCGCUCCAGGGCGUGAUCUUCUGCCUGUUGGGGGCCCAGCCGCUGCUGGUGAUCGGCUUCUCGGGGCCCCUGCUGGUCUUCGAGGAGGCCUUCUUCUCGUUCUGCACCAGCAACAACCUGGAGUACCUGGUGGGCCGUGUGUGGAUCGGCUUCUGGCUGGUGCUGCUGGCCCUGCUCAUGGUGGCGCUGGAGGGGAGCUUCCUGGUGCGCUUCGUCUCCCGCUUCACCCAGGAGAUCUUCGCCUUCCUCAUCUCCCUCAUCUUCAUCUACGAGACCUUCUACAAGCUGGUGAAGAUCUUCCAGGAGCACCCCCUCCACGGCUGUUCGGUCUCCAACAGCUCCGAGGCAGACAGUGGCGAGAACGCCACGUGGGCCAGAGCAGCAGCCACAACGCAGCCGGGGAACGGGAGCUCGGCCGGGCCGGCAGGGCCACCUGGGCAGGGGCGGCCCCGGGGCCAGCCCAACACGGCCCUGCUGUCACUCGUGCUCAUGGCCGGCACCUUCUUCAUCGCCUUCUUCCUGCGCAAAUUCAAGAAUAGCCGGUUCUUCCCUGGCCGGGUACGGCGAGUGAUCGGGGACUUCGGGGUGCCCAUCGCCAUCCUCAUCAUGGUGCUCGUGGAUUACAGUAUUGAGGACACCUACACCCAGAAGCUGAGCGUGCCCAGCGGAUUCUCAGUGACAGCCCCCGAGAAGCGGGGCUGGGUCAUCAACCCCCUGGGGGAGAACAGCCCCUUCCCCGCGUGGAUGAUGGUUGCCAGCCUGCUGCCCGCCGUCUUGGUCUUCAUCCUCAUCUUCAUGGAGACGCAGAUCACCACGCUGAUCAUCUCCAAGAAGGAGCGCAUGCUGCAGAAGGGCUCCGGCUUCCACCUGGACCUGCUGCUCAUCGUGGCCAUGGGCGGCAUCUGUGCCCUCUUUGGCCUGCCCUGGUUGGCGGCUGCCACCGUCCGCUCCGUCACGCACGCCAACGCACUCACAGUCAUGAGCAAGGCCGUGGCACCUGGGGACAAGCCCAAGAUCCAGGAGGUCAAGGAGCAGCGGGUGACAGGGCUGCUGGUGGCCCUGCUCGUGGGCCUCUCCUUGGUCAUCGGGGAUCUGCUUCGGCAGAUCCCCCUGGCUGUGCUCUUUGGGAUUUUCCUGUACAUGGGUGUCACCUCCCUUAAUGGAAUCCAGUUCUACGAGCGGCUGCACCUGCUGCUCAUGCCACCCAAACACCACCCAGACGUCACCUACGUCAAGAAGGUUCGGACCCUCCGUAUGCACCUGUUCACGGCCCUGCAGCUGCUCUGCCUGGCCCUGCUCUGGGCCGUCAUGUCCACAGCCGCCUCCCUGGCCUUCCCCUUCAUCCUCAUCCUCACGGUGCCGCUGCGCAUGGUCGUGCUCACCCGCAUCUUCACCGAGCGGGAGAUGAAAUGCCUGGAUGCUAAUGAGGCCGAGCCGGUGUUCGAUGAGCGGGAGGGUGUGGACGAGUACAACGAGAUGCCCAUGCCUGUGUAGCUGCUGCCUGGACGGACAGCCGAGGGACUGAUGGACAGAGGGAACGGGGCUGGGGGGGUGCUCUCCCCACCCACCUCCCUCCUCCUUUUUAUUUAAGUGAAUAAUUUAAAGUCCCCUUCCCCCCUUCCCCCUCCCCGCAGUAAAGUGCUUCGGCCCCACCUA